AUGGCAGGAGUAGAGACUAUUCUUGGUGCUGCAAUUUCGGAGCUGGUUGUUCUCCUUAAAAAAACAAUCCAGAAACUUAAAGAUUGUCCAGCCUUGUUUAAAAAUCUGGAUGCUACCCUAGUGUCUUUGCAUCCAUUGAUACAAGAGAUGGAGAACCUAAACAGGUACUUGGGUCGCCCAAAGGAGGAAAUAGAGAGUCUGAAAACACGAGUCGACGCCGGGUAUAAAGUGCGUUCUCGUAAUCUCCAAGUCGAAGAAGGGCAAACAGCAAGGAAUGGGAUGGAGACCUUGCUUUGCACAAGGAUGAUUUUUGGUUUGGUGGUGGUCAUUGCUCUUGUUGCUUUGUUGUUGCUUUGGAGCAACGGGCUUAUUAGGCUUCACACAAAGGAGUCUCCAGGUUUGAAAAUCACAGAGAAGUCACUUGUGAAUAUGGACAAAGCCAGCACCAUUCGAGUGAACCAUGCAGAAUGA